AUGGCGACUCAUAACCCUAACCAGGGUGCAGGCGCUUCCCCCGCGGAUAUGAGAAAUGGCAGCGUUAGCCCGUCACCCCACGCUCCACAGUACCACGACCCAACUGCAGGUCUGGGCUUGGAUCCAUCGGUAUCUGCUACGUUUGAGGUCAAAAACACUUUUGAACACCAUAACUCUGCCCUUGGGGUCGACUCGUACGGCUACCCAACUGCCUACCUCUCUAGCGCCCCACCAACGCAGAGCCUCGCCCCUCCGUCCGAUCAACCUUUCCCCCAAAUGAUCAAUUCUGGCAAUCUCCCAAUCUCCCAGUCAUUUGAAACGGGUCUAGCCAAUCAACUAGACCAUGGAUCAUCGGCUCUGAGACCACCGCACCCGAAUGAAAGUUUCCCGCUCCUCAAUACCAAUCCUGGCGAUAUGGAUUUCUCCGCCUAUCACAACCACAGUCCCAAGAGUGCUUCUGCGUCGGACUAUACCCCGUCGCUCAUUCUAGAUCCUCAAAUGCACCAUCAUCAGUCAAUACACCAAGCUGUCAAUCCGGCUGAUCUCGUCAGCCCCAUCUCCAAUCCAUCGUCGGACCAGCAGCAAUCCUCACCAGGCCCCAUGUCUCCUCCCGGGUCUAUACCAGGCACAUACUACACGCCUAGACACUCGCGAAAUACCUCGUUGGACCCAUCUACUGUGGCCUAUUUGAGUGCGCAACCAAAUUCAGACUGGCAAUCCGUCAUGAGCCACCCCGCUUUCCAUGGCCACCGCAGGGCACCCUCGGAGGUCUCUGAGGUAUCAUCCGCAAAUCACUCCCCAUUUCUUUCUCAGCGCGAAUAUGAUGGAAUUGAGAACAAUGCUUCGCCCUUACUGGCCCCGCAGAAUGACCCUUCUCUGUACGAUAACACCUUCGGCUUCGAUCAUUUCACGCUGCAAGAGCAGCAACAACAACAGCAACAGUCUUUCAGCCCACUUCACAGCCCAUAUAUUUCUCCGCGAUUAAUGCCGCAGCAAGGUUCUGAGUUGAUGUCGAAUGCGCCGUAUUCCUUAGGCAAUGGCACCUCUCCGUUCCCUACAGCAGAUAUGUAUGGAAUGCCUGAGGAUGAUAUGAUGAAUUCCGCGAUGAAUAAUGGCCUACCAGAUAUUGGACAAGCAUCACAAAUGGCACCUCCGUCAAUUAAUGUGGAGUUUGCGCCACCGUCGCGAGUUCCGAGUUUCCCGCCAUCCAAGCCUGGUUCAGAUCUGGACUCGUUGAGUCCCCCCGCCAUGAGGUCUCGUAUGCGCAGCAAAUCCGAUCCUUAUGCGCAUCCAGCCUCUCGAUCGCGAUCCCCUGCCACUUCCUCUACCAACAACCUUGAAGCUCUGGCUCCAAUAUUGGCCCGAUCACUAUCUCACUCCCGCAGCAACCCUGGCUCACGAGACACAUCCCCCGCGCGGUCUAACCGACGUCUUUCUACAUCCUCAAUCGAAAGUCGAAACUACAUCUUGGACUUGGCCGAUCCCCAGCGCCCUGGCGCGCUACCUGGAGACUCGAAACGUGUUCAAAAGCACCCUGCCACCUUCCAAUGCACACUCUGCCCGAAGCGAUUCACCCGUGCCUACAACUUGCGCUCCCAUCUUCGAACGCAUACUGACGAACGACCCUUCGUGUGCACUUUCUGCGGCAAGGCCUUUGCGCGUCAGCAUGACCGAAAACGACAUGAAGGGCUUCAUUCAGGUGAGAAGAAGUUCGUCUGUCGGGGGGACUUGUCCAGGGGAGGCCAAUGGGGCUGUGGUCGUCGAUUUGCGCGUGCAGAUGCACUAGGCAGGCAUUUCCGGUCCGAAGCAGGCCGGGUCUGUAUCAAGCCGCUACUUGAAGAAGAGUCUCAAGAACGCGAGAGAAUCCACCUAGAUCAGCAGCCACACCAGCAGCAACAACAUCAACCAUCUGGGCACCUGCAACCAAUAUCACAACAACUUGUUAUGCCAGGUGUCACAGGAAUAGACGGCCAGUCGACAGGCAACUUUGUAUUGCCAGCGGCUUUGCUUGCACAAUAUCCUGCUCUCCAAACGCUUCAGUGGGACCAGAUUCCUGCUGCUGAUGAUCAAAAUGACAUUGGAGGCCGGAAUAGUUUUGAUGCUAGUUCUGGUGGCGAAUUUUUCGACGAUGACGAGUCUAGCAUGAACGGUUAUAAUAGUAAUCAAGGUGCCAUGUACGGCGUCAAUGACCCUGGUCAAAUGAUGGGAGUCAACCCCAGUGAUUCAGGAUACUAA